CAAAAAGACUCCAAGAUGAAGCCGUCCAUCUUUUUGUUCCUUGUGAGUUGCACUGUAUUCAGCGCUGAUGUGAAGCUGGUGUCGAAGAGAAAUUCGGUGGAUGGUUGCAUCGACUGGUUAGUGGAUCUCAAGAAAUACAUGGCUUUGGCAGGUGAGCCCGUUCGAGUGAAAUGCGCCCUUUUCUACAGCUACAUCAGGACCAACUACAGCAUGGCUCAAAGCACAGGCCUUCGUCUUAUGUGGUACAAAAAUAAAGGGGACUUGGAAGAACCCAUUAUCUUCUCUGAAGUCAGGAUGAGCAAAGACGAAGACUCCAUAUGGUUUCAUGCAGCAGAGGUUCAAGACAGUGGUUUCUACACCUGCGUGCUAAGAAAUUCAACAUAUUGCAUGAAGGUGUCGAUGUCCUUGACAGUUGCAGAAAAUGAAUCUGGGCUUUGCUACAACAGCACAAUUCGCUACUUAGAAAAAUCAGAAAUCACUAGAACAAAGAUAAUUUCCUGCCCAGAUAUUGAGGAUUAUAAAACAGGAAACCAAGAACCAGAUGUAAUAUGGUACAAGGAGUGUAAGCCAAAAAUGUGGAGAAAUCUAGUAGUUCAGAAAGAGAACACUCUACUAAUACAAGAUGUUCAGGAAGAAGAUGGUGGGAAUUAUACUUGUGAGCUAAAAUUUGAAGGGAAGCUGAUACGACGAACAACUGAGUUCAAAGUUACAGCCUUAGUCACUAAGAGACCUCCGCAGCCUAUGUACCCUAUGGAGAACCAGACGAGCAUGAUAGAUGUCCAGCUGGGUCAACCACUAACAGUUGCCUGCAAAGCAUUUUUUGGGUUCAGCGGAGAGUCUGGUCCAAUGAUCUACUGGACACGAGGAGAGAGAUUUAUUGAAGAACUCGAAAAUCACAUUAAAGAAGGGGAAAUCAGGCUUCUCAAAGAGCAUCUUGGAGAAAAAAUAGUGGAGUUGGCGUUAAUCUUUGACGUUGUGAAGGAGCCAGAUCUGGCCAAUUAUACAUGCCACGUAGAAAACAGAAAUGGGAGGAAACGUGCAAGCAUCAUUCUGCGUAAAAGAGAUCUGAUAUCAAAAAUUGAACUUGCCGGAGGUUUGGGAGCCAUCCUUCUCGUGCUGGUUUUACUUAUAACGAUCUACAAAUGCUACAACAUAGAGCUGAUGCUGUGUUACAGACAGAUGUUUGGAGGUGACGAAGCAAUGGAUGACAACAAGGAAUAUGAUGCCUAUCUCUCUUACACAAAAGUGGAUCCAGACACACUAGACUGCGACAACAGUGAAGAGGAACAAUUCGCCCUUGAAAUCUUGCCAGAUGUUCUGGAGAAGCAUUACGGUUACAAACUCUUCAUUCCGGAUAGGGACCUGAUCCCUACUGGGACAUACCUUGACGAUCUCUCCAGAUGCAUAGAACAAAGCCGAAGACUCAUUAUCAUCCUAACUCCAGAUUACGUUCUCAGGAGAGGGUGGAGUAUUUUUGAGAUGGAAAACAGACUGCAUAACAUGCUUGUCAGUGGAGAUAUCAAAGUGAUUUUCAUUGAGUGCCCUGAAUUAAAAAGCAAAGUGAAUUACCAGGAAGUGGAAUCUUUAAAGCACACUAUUAAACUUUCCUCAGUCAUCAAAUGGAAUGGUCCGAAAAGCAACAAACUGAAUUCAAAGUUUUGGAAGACCUUGCUCUAUGAAAUGCCUGCAAAGAAAAAAGAGGUUUUAUCUCGGCGCCAAGUCCUAGAUUCUGCUGAACAGGGACUCUUUGGGGACCUUCAGGCGGUGCCUUCCAUUGCUGUGACGGACACCUCUGCUUCCUUGGUCGCAUCUCAGGCUGACUUGACCGAUUACCAACAACCGGAUCCAGUGCAAACCAGACAUUACUGUAGAGGAUAUGAUUAUGACAUGCAGUCUGCAACCUUGCCGUUAGCCGCCAUAAGCAGUAAUCACCACACUUACUGUAACAUACCCCUGACGCUAUUCAAUGGACAGCUGCCUCUUAAUAGCAGCAUGAAAGAAACACAGGAAUUCCAUAGGAACAACCCCUUGCUACCAUUGUCAACGAGGGAGCUUAGCUUCACCAGCGAUAUAUGGUAGCAAAGAUCUAAGCAUUUUGAAACUGAUUUAUUGAGCAUCAGCGAGACAAAUUAUUAAAAGGACCUUGAACCCAUAUAACAUCAGGUGCCAAAAUAUUUUGCCAAGUCACAAGUAACACACUUUUUUGUACUUGAACUUCUUUGUUUACAUUUCAAAAAUUAUUAGCAAGUGGUGGAGGAACCUACUUUUGUAGUUCACAAAUAAGUUCAUAUCUUUUAAUGUACAGUUUUAAUGCUUCUUUAUAUAAUAUAUAUAUAUAUGAGGGCAUUGGAGAGUAUUUUGAAGUAGAGUUUACAGCCUGACAACGGAGUGACAUUUAAUGCUAUAUGUGAUAGUCUGUAUUUAUAUAUUAGUAAUUCAGAGAUAUAAAUGGAUUUUUUUUUAAAUAGAAAGAGCAUAGGUAGGUAAGAACAACAACACAGUUUGAAAAUUUGAAACAUAACAAGCUACAAUGAAUUAUUGUAUUUUCAAAUCAUGCCUGAAGGACACAUUCCUGUAAAGGAAAUAUUUUAGGACAUCUUUCUUAGAAGAUAAUCACCAAUACGUUUUGGAAGGUGGUCCAGGUGAAUGAACAUUUGCAGGUGACAGCCUCUAGUUUUCAUUCAGCAAAUCCUACGCUUGGAGAACACGUUGUCCACUUCACUUCCUCCAUCAUUUCAUUCUCAAGAUAUUUCUCGAUUCAACUCAGUAGCUGCCAUUGUGUUUUCUUAAAGAAAUUAGGACAUUUAACAACAAUUUUGUUUCUGUAGGGUUUUUUCUUUUAAACUUGUUUAAACUGGCUUUGCAGGUUUUUAAGAACUUUCUCCCUUUUGCAUUUUAUGUACCAAUGGUAUUGUCUUGUUAACCAGCUGCCGAUUGGAACAUUUCUUAGACUUCUUGACCUUGUAAAAUUUGUAUUAAUGGUAAUGUAAGUUUUGCACAGGAAUAUUAUUAUUCCCGCCCCCCUCUGUUUUCCAGAUUUAAAGGUGUAACAGCUUACGAAUUGACAUUUGACAGAGAAUGUCAGCAAUAG